AAAAAAAAACAGAAAAACCUUUAUGUUGUUUUAACUUAAAAGAUGUCACCGAUGUCACAAAUGUUAGUUUUGUGAAAAAUAUUCAUUAAAAAGGAAAUUAAUUUAAUGAAUUAAAUAAAAAAAACAUAUUUUUAUUACGAAAAUGGCCAUUGUCAUCGAGACAACAAUAGGAGAUUUUACAGUUGAUUUAUUCAUAAACGAACGACCACAAACUUGUAAAAAUUUUUUAAAACUAUGCAAAAUAAAAUACUACAAUUGGAAUUUAUUCCACUCUGUACAAAGUAAUUUCAUUGCUCAAACCGGAGAUCCAACUUCCACUGGAACAGGAGGAGAAAGUAUAUAUGGAAUGAUUUUGGGUGAAAAAGCACGAUAUUUUGAAGCUGAAAAAAUGCCUAAAAUUAAGCACGAUAGAAUUGGACUUUUAUCAAUGGUUGAUUGUGGUAAUAGCAUGUUAGGUUCACAAUUUUUCAUUACAUUAGCUCCCAAUCUACAAUCUUUGGAUGGACAGCAUUGUGUUUUUGGUGAAAUUUCUGAAGGAUUAGAAAUCAUUUUAAAAUUAAAUGAAACAAUUUGUGAUGUAAAAGAUAGACCAUAUCAAGAUAUUCGAAUAACUCACACUGUUAUUUUAGUGGAUCCAUAUGAUGAUCCCUUGGGUCUUGUAAUACCUGACAGAAGUCCUGAUCCUAAUCAGCAAGUUUUAAAGAGUGAUCGAAUCGGUGCCGAUGAAAAUAUUGACGACAUGGAAGGAAUGACUACAGAUGAAAUUAUUGAAAUGCAAAAAGAAAAAGAAGCAAAAGCACGAGCAACAAUAUUAGAAAUUGUUGGUGAUUUACCCGAUGCUGAUAUGGCACCACCGGAAAAUGUUUUAUUUGUUUGUAAAUUAAAUCCCGUUACAAACGAUGAUGAUUUGGAAAUUAUUUUCAGUAGAUUUGGAGAAAUAGUAGGAUGUGAAGUAAUAAGGGACCGUCAAACUGGUGAUUCUCUUCAAUAUGCUUUCAUUGAAUUUGGCAAUCGAAAAAGUUGUGAAGAAGCAUAUUUAAAAAUGAAUAAUGUAUUAAUUGACGAUCGACGAAUUCAUGUUGAUUUCUCACAAUCAGUUGCAAAAGUUCGUUGGCGUGGAAAAGGAAAAGGAUUUCAUUAUGUUACAGAGACACCUGAAAAAAAUAAUGAAAAUUAUAAACAACAUUCAUCCAGGCACAAGGGAAGAGAAAAAUAUAAUUCAAAUCAAGAUAAUGAUAGAAGUCCCAUUUCUAAUCGUUACAAAGAACAUCAAAACAGACGCGAAUAUAAACAAGAAAAAGAGAGAAAAUCUGAUCACAAAUCGAUUCAAACUCAUAAGAGUUAUUAUUCUCACAGUCGAUCAUCAGAAAAGAAAGAUCGUAAAAAUUACAGAAGAAGUAGAAGCAGAAGUAGAGAUAGAGAAAAUUAUUAUAAAACUUCUCAUAAAGAUAAAUAUCACAAGAAAGAUAAAACAAGAAGAAGAUAAAUAAAAUAUCAGAUUAAUUAUAGACAAUUACUUUGAAAUUAUCAAAACUGGAAUUAUUUAUAUUAGAAAAUUUACGAAAUUGAAAACAAUAAAACAAUGAAAUACAGUA